AUGUGCGAAUUCUGGGCAAAAAUAAGUCAGACUCACGCGAUGUCGGGAUUCCCUUGGGCACACAGCGGCAACGGUAGAGCAUCAUCCUCACAAAAUGGCAUCGUCAAAGGCGCAUCUACAUCCCCUUUGACGAAAACUUCCAAGCAGCAUACCAAGAAGCUCGUUCAGAUGCCAGGAACUCCCAGGUAUCGCUCGUCAGAACUGGAGACUAUGCAGCAGCCCAGUUAUAUCAAUAUGGAGUUCAAAACAGCGGCAGCUUCUGACCCGGUCGAUUGGUCGCGUAGCACACCUGAGUCCAUUGGCAGUGUAGACAGUCUACAAUUAGAUGUAGCAUCGUUACCAUGGCUGACUGACAUCAACGUCUUUGGCACUCUGCAGCCAACGAUUGGUAUGCCUGAUAUCAGCAACUUUGACUAUAGCGAUUAUAUGAAGUUUGGGGCCUCUAGGGUCUAUGAUCAGAACGCCGGCCAUCUCAGCAGCCUAGACAACACUUUCGCCGCCCCCUUGAACACGGACGGCAAUGAUACUGUAGAAUCUCGCGCCGUCCAGCAGAACACUGCUGCGCUCCACCAUCGAAAGACGGAUGAUAAAAAUAACACAAAUGGUCAAGUUGUGGCAGUCCACAAGAACAACAUAGUUGCGGGCGAACUCGUCAUCGACCGCGAAAACGAUGACUUGGACCUCCUACCGGAUUUCAGCAAUCUGAAACCUGGCCUUUCGAAUGAAUCAAUACCGGUCAUUGAUCGCAACAAUGCCAUCUUGGAUUAUGACAGUGAUCUCGGUGACAAGAAGAGUACAAUACGCAAAACUAAACCAGGCUCCCGAAUCUAUAUAGACUCCAAUAACUAUGGGAACUACGCGAGCGGCAUCGUUUAUGACAAUACCACUAGUUGGCAAGAUCCUAACCGUGAACUGCAAUUUAAUCCAGUGGGCUCAAUUGCCGGCGCUGUACCCUCCACAAGGACAAUGGUUGGCGAUCAUGGACUCUCCAACUAUCUUAAUCAAACCGGAAGAACCGGAAACCAGUUUCUUUUUACAUCUAGAGUACCUCAAGAUAUGUUUUCGGCCGGUCAAGGGAAGUUAGUAGGAUAUCAUGGGCCUGAACUGACCCAAAAGAAUGAGAAUAACGCAUCUCUCACCACACUUGGCGUUUCCCUAGGUAGGAAGACAAACCAGAAUAGCGACAUCACCGUCGGAACAAUUUUUACCGCAUAUAAUAGCACAAGUGAUUCUGUCAUAGAUCGAGAAAGCGUUCAUUCUAAGAUUCGUAGAGCCAACCGACUUAUGAGGGAAGAGAAAAAGACUAGAAAUAAUGCUAGUCGAGAAAGGCAAACCCUCUUCCAUCCCACUGACGAUCCCAGCAUUCCAAACUCUCAAAACCAGCACGAUACGCAUGUCAGUGGCCUAGUCAGUGCAAUGCGAAACAACAAGGGUUGUCUAGAGUCGAAUACGACGGAAGAAUUCAUCACACGGUGGCAGGAUGACGCCACAUACUACACCUACGCCGAGUUGCAUACCGCAGCUGACGAGCUCGUUACUGAAAUGACCAAGAUCCACAAAGAAGGCUGGAAGAAGCCCAUUUACGACUCCGGCCGCCGCGAGUUGUAUCGGAAGACAAUAUACUUCACCUUCAAUGACCGCUACGAGGCUGUUCGCGAAUAUCUCAAGUGUUCCAAGACUAUUUGUGCGGAUAUCAUGAAGGGCGAGCGAUUCUGGUCACUUUUAGGCAACCCUACGGAGCUCAUGAAGCGGGCAAUGACGAAUCAGCGCUCUAACAAGACUAAGGGAAUUCGCCUCAGUUUCGCUAUUGCGGCAGAAAAGGCAAAGAAGACUGGUGAUGCAAAGAAGAAUGGCGAAUCUGGGAAGCAGUCCAAGCGUGCGAGGGAGGAUGAGAAUAACAGUAAAGGCGAAGGUGCAGCAUCGUCCAAAAAAGCUCGUGCAGCCUAA